UUGGAAUUUACUGUGAAGAGAGCAACUUGGUUUGAUCGAGCUUUCUUCGUAUAAUCCGAGGUCAAUGCUUUCACUGCAAGUAAAGAUCAUGGUUCGUAUACUCGUUAGUUUGUUGCUGUUGAUCGCUAUUAUAUUCAUAGGAGGAUGCCCUGCUUUAACUGAGAAAAAAGAAAACAAUCUUCCUAAUUCUGGUUUGUUAGCUCUAGUCAAUCAAACCUGUGGAACUCGCUAUUAUGAAAGUAAUUUUCCUGUCGAUACCCGUUUAUUUGAACAUCCAUGGCUAGUGCAAUUUGGUUACGAACGUGAAUUAGUUGUGAACUAUGUUUUUCAAGGUCUUUUGAUACACUCAAAAUACGUACUGACGACCGUGUUUGUCGUUCAGUUUCAAGAUUUUGGUCAACUCAAGUAUGCAAGAGUCGGCGAACAUAACACGUCAACCAAUACUGAUUGUGAGAAGUUGAGCUUACUCGAAGAAACAUGUGCGCCACUAGCGCAAAGCAUUCUUGUGGAUGAAGUUAUUGUUCAUCCUGAUUAUAAUAUGUUUGCGCAGAUAAAUGACAUUGCUUUGGUGAAACUAAGAGUAGCAGCAAUAGUUGACGGCACUGCAGUGGCCCCAAUUUGUGUAAAUGAUGAUUUAAAUUAUCAGAGCUCUUUCCUGUUAGUAGCGUCCUGGUGCGGCCGAAGAGAAACGGGACUCUCGCUCGUACCGAAACAAUACUUCAUGAAACCAAUCAGCCCGUACGAGUGUCAACGUCUCAUGCCUCGUCACUCUGUAUCUUUUGCAAAUGGUAUGUUUUGCAUAGUGUUUGAUGAGAGACAUACGAAUUCAACCGAAUUAGCGUAUGAACCUAACCUACGAGGUGGCAGUGGUGCUCCAAUCUAUACUGUACAUGACGGAAAUAGGAUCUUAUUGGUUGGCUUGCUUUCUUACGGACCACGUUACCCAGCGAAAUUGCAUGAACCAUACGUAAUCAUUCCUGUGGCACCGUUUUACGAUUGGAUGACAGGAGUGAUUGAAGCAGAUCGGGAAAAGCACAUGUACAAUACGUUGAUAUAAAGAAGCGAUAAUAAAGUCAAAGUUCACAUCGGAACUGUAAACCCCCUUAGAAAAAGUUAACAUAAUACUGGAUCGAUCGUAAAUAAAUUAAUCAGUUUAUUGGUUGUAUGCAUCUACCAAAGUAUCAUGAA